AUGUCACACUUCUUCUACUUGACUCCACAGAUUCUUCUGCCAUUUAGCCCUCUUACUUCCCAAGAGUUUGAGCUGAUCAGACGCAAGGCUGGAGCAUCUUGGCAGAAUGAAACACGGUGGUCAGAUUCUUCUGUGACAACAUAUGCAGGCAGUUACCGGAAAAAACAACUGGACAAGUUCACGUGCAGCGGGUUUUCUUUUAGAGCAGGACAGCAUAAGCCUGAGCGUAAACAGAUGUUAUUGCCAAACAGGUCUGCCUGGAAUCUGCCACUCUGCCAGGCCGGUACCCGAGGGACUAAAGAUGUUAAAGGACUAUUUUCUGAUAUAAACGGGCCCUUUAAAACAUCUUUUGAUGUCGAACAUGGAGUGGCACACCAAAUUUGGGACUUUGGUGAUUUUUCUCGGGCACCUCCAAAUUAUGAAAAAUCAUGUGUGAAACCUAAAAUGCCAGCACUUGGGACCCUGAUGAACUACGGACUGCGAGGGAAAGACAUCCUAAAGCGCCUUCAGGGACAGCGCGAUUCUGAAAGCAAGGUUGGCUCAUCCGAAGACUCAGAAACUGAUCGAUACUCCGAUCACUGCUGGCGAGGACCGCUGUCGUUUUUUUAGCUGACUUGGAAAACGUACCCACAAAGCUGGCGGCCCGGAGUUUGCCCGAUAAACGACUGUUUGAGAUCCAAUUACAAAGGAAAAAAUAUGGAGAUCUAUUACCUCAUGAAGAAGGGAUCUUGAUUAAUACCUGAGACCAUUCAGACCUUGGACAGGGGAAAUGGGGUCUUUUCAUCCCCAGGAGUUACCAUACUGCACUUCCUCCCACCUGUUUAUGGGCAUUUCCUGGUUAGUAAAUUGUAGUUAUUCACAAAAUAAGCCCCAUUCUGUGCGGGAUGCCUCUCUUCUGAGGGAGUGAUGUAACAAAGAGUGUUGGCUGGAGUAUCUUGAAUAUCCUGAACCUCCAAGGGUACCUUUUUACCUUGUGAUUUUGCUCACAGGUUAUAAGGUGCUGCUGGGAAGUUGUCCAGUUCCGCAUUCUCUGUCUUCUGGGAGCUCAGGUGAAAUCACUUAGCGGCUAUCCCCUUCCUUCCCUCCCUACCCUCUUGCCUGCGCUGAGCUCCCCUCUGCUGUCCUUCCUUCCUCCCCACGGGAUGGAAGCACUGAGGCAGCUGAUGAGAUGUGUCUUCCCCUUCAAAUUUUUCAUGAGCCCCACGUGACUUUUGGCAGGCAAGAGUUCUGAUGUGAUGCUUCUGGCGGUGGGGAGGAGACACAUGUGCUCAGCAAGUCUUGAUAUUUCUCCUUGUUCCCCUGUGGCCAGCACUGUGGCUCUAUUAAAUGGUCAAGCAUAGUUUGCUGGUGACCACCAAAUGAUCAGUCAGUCGUGUUUUCAAUCAUAGAAAACAUGGCCCUGAGUCUUAGCUUAAAAUGUAUUUAUGUAGCAUGAUAGUAGGCGAAAUGGCCAUGAUAUUGGAUUCAAAUCCACACAACGGCCACAUGACUGGCUUGGAGAUGCCCAGGUCCACAUGGAGUGUUUUCUAGAUAAGCUGAGGUGGGAGGGGAUUUGGUCUGUUCUGUCCUGAUGGCUCUGUUCCCACAGAAUUUCUCCAAGUCAUGGAGCUCAUUUCAGGGGAAAUGAUUACCAAACUAAUGAUCAUUUUCUUCAUAUUGCUGGCUAUUAUCAACCACAGGGGAAAUGUGAGGUAGUUGAAGAAAAAAAAUGUGUAUACAAAGUGAGAAGCCACUAUACAAAAUGAGAAGCCACUCCAUCUUGUUCUGCUAGCAGAAAUCAAAGAAGUCUGGGUUAUUUUAAUAUUUUCAAUAAAUACCAGCCACCCCAAAACAAAAUGGAAUCUGAAUCAAAGAACUUGAUUCAAUCAUCUAAAAAAUAGCUAGUGGAUGAAAAAAAUGAAGGAGAAAAUAGUGUCUGAUUAGUGACUGGUCGUUUUCAAAGUGGCUUCUACGUUAUCUUUUUUUUUU